UUUAGUUUCGAUUGUACCGUGCAUAUACUACCAUUUGCCAUGGGAACCAGGUGGAACUUGACGGCACUGCUGGUCCUAACCCUUGUGGCCACUCUCCAGGGGCCCACGGAGGCCAUGAGGAUGCGAGGGGAACCAGCGCCGGGCUUGGCCAAUGUCAAUAAACUUCGCUCCAGCGAAGUCGCCCCCGAAGGUCGCGUGGCUGGGGGCACCACCGCCACGGAGGGCAAGUGGCCCUGGAUUACGACCAUCCAGAAUGUAUACUCGUACCACCUGUGCGGUGGCCUCAUUCUCGACGAGAAUUGGGUGCUCACAGCGGCCAGCUGCGUGGCGGGCUUGAGAACCAGGAACAUACUGGUGGUCACCGGAACCUCGGAUUGGUGGAACAUUUAUGCGCCCUACUAUACCGUGGACCAGAUCCAUGUCCACUGCAACUUUGACAAGCCGCUGUAUCACAAUGACAUAGCCCUGUUGCACCUGUCGUCCCCCAUUGAGUUCGAUGAUGUGACCACAAACAUAACCCUGGCGGACAUUGAUGACCUGCAGGAGGGCGACAAGUUGACCUUUGCCGGCUGGGGCAGCACAGAGGCCAUGGGCACCUAUGGACGGUAUUUGCAGGAGGCCUCGGGAACCUAUCUUCCCGUAGAUUCGUGCCAGGAGAAGCUGCAAAACUACGAUGAUGUGGAUCUGGGUCAUGUGUGCGUCCAAAUGGAGGCGGGCAAGGGCGCCUGUCAUGGCGACACCGGUGGACCGCUUAUCGAUGAACAGCAACGCCUGGUGGGGAUCGGCAAUUGGGGCGUGCCCUGCGGUCGCGGCUACCCGGAUGUGUAUGCGCGAGUCGCCUUCUACCACGAUUGGAUCCGCACCACCAUGAACGGCUGCACAAUCGCCUAGUCACUGGCCACCUCUUAUCUGUGCACUGAGAGAAAAUGGAUUUAUUCAAUUGGCAGUGGAUUUCCUAUAAUGUAUAUUGGAAUAAAAUAUUGAACAUGAUUUAUUA